GUAGAAUACUUAUUUGCAGGAGGUUAAUGGGUGCUCUGUAAAAGAAGGAUCUAUGGUCAAAUAAGUUUGGGAAUUACAUACUCUACACUGCUUUCAGAAAGUCCCAAAUCACAGUGGGGCAUUAAGGGCUCUGAGAAGUCCUGCAGUAUAUUAUUUACCUUUGAUUAACCCCAUGUUGUUUCAAAUUGAUUUUUCAGAUUGCCUACUAACAUUCAUUAAGACUCUUAGGGAAAUUCUGAUCCACACCAAUCCUCAUUUUUCACAUGGAUAAAUCGCAGCCUAGAAGAAUGGGGACUGCCCAAAGUCACAGAGAGAGAGUGUGUCAGAGCUGGAAAAGACCCUAGCAAUAUACCUCAUCCCUAAAGAGACUCUGUGGGCUCCCCGCCACCCUGCACCCUCUUUCCCUGCCUCCCAGCUGUGCCCUCCAGGGCCCUGCAGUAUGGAGCUGGUCAACAGGACAGAGGUCUCUGAGUUCUUUCUGAAAGGAUUUUCGGGCUACCCAGCCUUGGAGCACCUGCUCUUCCCUCUGUGCUCAGCCACGUACCUGGUGACCCUCCUGGGGAAUACAGCCAUCGUGGCAGUGAGCGUGCUGGACGUCCACCUGCACACACCCAUGUACUUCUUCCUGGGCAACCUCUCCAUCCUGGAUAUCUGCUAGCCCACCUUUGUGCCCCUGAUGCUGGUCCACCUCCUGUCGGCCCAGAAGACCAUCUCCUUUCUUGGCUGCGCGAUGCAGAUGUGUCUGAGCCUGUCCACGGGCUCCACAGAGUGUCUGCUGCUCGCCAUCAUGGCCUAUGAUCGCUACCUGGCCAACUGCCGGCCACUCAUGCUGAUGAGCCACCGGCUCUGCUUGCUGCUGGCGGGAGCCGCCUGGGUACUCUGCUUCUUCAAGUCAGUGACUGAGACAGUCAUCGCCAUGAGGCUGCCCUUCUGUGGCCACCGUGUGGUCAGUCACGUCACCUGCGAAAUCCUGGCAGUGCUGAAGCUGGCGUGCGGUCAUACGUCAGUCAACGAGGUCUUCCUGUGGGUGCGUGCCAUCCUGCUGCUGCCCGUGCCCCUGGCGUUCAUCUGCCUGUCCUGCAUGCUUAUCCUGGCCACCAUCCUGAGGGUGCCCUCAACCGCUGGACGCCACAAAGCCUUCUCCACCUGCUCGGCGCACCUGGCUGUGGUGCUGCUUUUCUAUGGCACCGUCAUCUUCACGUACAUGAAACCCAGGAGCAAGGAGGCCCGCAUCUCUGAUGAGGCCUCCACGGUCCUCUAUGCUGUGGUCACGCCCAUGCUGAACCCCGUCAUCUACAGCCUGAGGAACGAGGAAGUGAUGGAGGCCGCCAGGAAGGUGUGGGACAGGAGAUGGACCUCCAGGUGAGGGAGGCCGGGGCUCUGCAAGCUAGCAGGCCAGGUCUUCAUUAGCCUACAGUGAGGGCUGUGGGUGUGGAAUUUCCAGCCCAGAAACGCAGCACCAAGUCCCACUGAUCCUGCCACAGAGGAGCUCACAAUCACCCCUCUGCUCCUCCCCCCGGCAGACCCAUGGGGCGCUCUCAGCAUCACUGCCUGCAUCUUUACACCAGCCUCCUGUCUGGCCUUAGGAUUUCAGUCUUGUUCCUACCAGUCUCUCCUCCAAGGGGCAUCCAGAGGGAUCUUUUGAAAAGUACAUGUGAUCCUGUCACUCUCCUGACUGAAACCCCUGGAUGGCUCCCCAGAGCUCUCAGGAUGAACUGUGAGGUCUUCAGUGGGGCAUUCGAGGACCCCACAAGCUGGCCCUGACUAAACUCCCUCCCCGUCCUGUGCCCCACAGCCUCCCCCCUGUCAGCUGCACACGCCAGCCAGCUGUAAGCCUCAGUGUUGCCCAGCACUGCCCAGCUCUGUGCCCUUGCUGGUUCUUUCCACAAGGCAGCCUCCACCCAGCAGGCAGUUCCACUCGUAAAAGGACUGCCUGACCCUCAAGGCCCAUUUUUAUUUUUUAAAUAUAGUCCCAUGUGAUAUACAGGAGGUUCUUGUUUUUCUGUUUUAUAUAUAGUAAUGUGUAUCUGUUAAUUCCACGCUCCUAACUUAUCCCUGCCCCCAUCUCA